AUGGACGGUGGAAAAGCACCGCCCCAGAGCCCCAACGGCCAUCAAACACAGAAGAAUGAAACGCGGCGAAUACAACACAUCGAUCGCAAAGAUCUCUAUAUAGACCUAGAAGCGCGGAUAAAGUACCUCCACAACUUUCUAGACUUUAACUCCAAUGACAUCGAAGCCUUAAUAACCGGCUCCAAAUACAUCAAAGCGCUGAUCCCCGCCGUCGUGAACAUCGUGUACAAGAAGCUCCUUCAGUAUGACGUAACGGCGCGGGCGUUUACGACGCGAAGCACCAGUUUCGAGGGCGCUCUCGACGAGCAGCCGGACGAAAACAGCCCGCAGAUUCUGCAUCGGAAGAUGUUCCUGCGAGGGUAUUUGAAUAAGUUGUGUUCGGACCCGAGUAAGAUGGAAUUCUGGGAGUAUCUCGAUAAAGUGGGCAUGAUGCACGUCGGCCGCGGGCGGCAGCACCCGCUGCACAUCGAAUACGUGCACAUCGGCGCGAACCUGGGGUUCAUCCAGAACGUGCUGACGGAGGCGCUGCUCUCGCACCCGCGGCUGCCGCUGCCGCGCAAGAUCGCGCUCGUCAGCGCCAUCGGCAAGGUCAUCUGGGUGCAGAACGACCUCUUCGCCAAGUGGUACGUGCGCGACGGCGACGAGUUCCGCGACCAGAUGGAGGAGGUCAUGGUCGAGCGCGAGGGCUAUCUGCAUGGCAAGAAGAUCAUUGGCACCGAGGAGGCGGCCGGCGGCAGCGGCGGCGAGGAGCAGAGUGAGCCGGAUGCCGAGCAGAAGCCGUCGAUGCUGCCGCUGCCGCAGCAGCGAGGGGGCGCGGGGAGUACCAAGGGCGGUGCUGGGGGGGCUGCUGCGGUAUGUCCGUUCACCGGAGUUACGACCAAGGUUUCGGGAGUCAGGCUUGAUGAUAGGGAUCUCAAGAAAGAGCGGGUGGUCUCAGAGCUGCCUGGGUAG